UUUCAUAAUACACGCGGUAUUUUAUGCUCCUGAAUGAUAUGGACCGCUUGGAUGUGUGUGGAAGCGAUCGCUAUAUUUAUUUAGUUUUUUGAAUCCCGCGCCAGGAAAAUGAGUGACUUCCGGCUUCGGUCUCGCAUUGAGGAGGAGGGCGCUGUGACGUGUACGGUAGAAGACGUCCUCUUCACGCUACAGUGUACUGUUGUGUAUGAGGACGAAGGAUUCAGCUGAUUUUGCGGAUUAAUACUUUUAUUUUUUGCAUCACGCCAGCCAAACGGCUGCAGAAAAAUCAUUCUGUAUGCGGGAGAGGCGUAUGCGCCUUUUUGGAGUUUCAAAAGGUUCCCAUUCACCGUGGAUAUUUACUGUGGGACCAUUGGACUUAUAAGGAAGAAAUCACAUGGAGGUGCUCUUGCGCUCACAUGACAGUCCGGUUGAACCAUGGCUGUAGAGAUCAAUGAAGGCUCGGUUCCUGCCUAUUAUAGAGAGGUAUACGAGGCCGUCUGCAGCCAGAACGAUGAGAAGGUUCAGGGUGAUGUGUUUCAAAGGUUGCUUGAGAGCACCAAACUCUCCAAGGGAGUCCAAGCCCAGAUCACCGAGCAUGUUGAUGCGGCCGCCAAUGGCUUCCUGAGCAAGUUGUCGCUGUACAAAGCACUGGCUUUGAUUGCCAUCGCUCAGCAAGGAAAGCAGCCGAGUCCCAAAGCCCUGGAUAGCUACAUACAAGAGCUUCCGAAGCCUCAACUGGGGGAGCCCAGGGACUUGCGCUCUUUGAGGAUGCAGCCGGCACAAGAGGACGAGCUUACGCUGUCUCUGAACGUGGAUGGAAUGCUGGAGGGAGACGCGGUCAAGGUGAAACUCAUUCCGGAGAAGAAGGGCUUAUUUCUCAAGCAUGUGGAGUACCAGGUCACCAGCCUGCAAUACAAAAUGUCAGUUUAUCGACGCUACAGUGACUUCGAUGUCUUCCACGAGAUCCUUCUUCAGAGAUUCUCAUACAGAGUGGUGCCUUCGCUUCCGCCUAAAAGAAUGUUAAAAGGAGUCCUGACGUCAGUUUCCGAGCAGGAUUUCAUUGAGGGGAGGAGACGGGCACUGUCCAGAUUCCUCAAUCUGGUGGCGCAGCACCAUAUCUUGUCAAAAGAUGAAUUAGUCAAGACCUUCCUCACUUUCUCCGGCUCUGAUGUCCAGAUUAGGCUGCGUGACGCUUAUAAGAAAAUGGGGGAUGAGUUCAUGACCAACAGAAUUGCAACGCUGGCAAAGGAAUACCUCCCUGCAGACAUCCAAGUGCAGUUCACUGCAAGCAGAGAGCUGAUCAAGAACAUCCACAACAGCUUUUACAAGCUGCGCGAGCGAGCUGAGAAGAUUGCCGAGCGCUCCAAGGGAAACGCCAGUGACCUCCUCAUGUUUGGCAAUGAGCUCAGAACACUGGGCUCACAGACGGUUCUCCCGCCGUUGGCCUCGUCACAGAGCACAUGGGGACGCCUGUGUCAGAGUUUGAAAAGUCUAUCCGCGGAAUUUUCUGUGCUCUCAGAAAAAGCGGCUGUGCAGGGCAGACGGGAAGAGGAUGACGUCGUGGAAAGACUGAAUCUUUUUCUUGAUUUGCUGCAGUCAUACAGAGACCUGUGCGAGCGCCACGAGAAGGGCGUGCUCCACGAGCAUCAGCGGGCCCUGCACAAGUAUGGCGUGAUGAAGCGGCAGAUGAUGAGCGCUACUGCACAGCCCAAAGAGCAGAAUUCAGUGGAGCAGCUCGAAUCGCGAAUCGUUCAGCAAGAGAAUGCCAUUCAGGUCAUGGAGUUGCGUAACUACUUCUCGCUGUUCUGUCUCCACCAAGAGACCCAGCUCAUCUUCAACUACCUGCCCAUCACGUCCCACAUCCUGGGAGCCUUUGUCCACUCCCAAGUGCAAGGACACCAAGAGAUGGGUGCGGUGUGGAAAGAACUCCAGCCAAAGCUCAGCUGUCUCUUUGGUGAAAAAAAUGGUGUGAAAUAAACGGAAUUGUGACACAAGAGGGGGAAAAAAAGAAAAAAAAAGUUCCUACUGCACACUUUGCAUCGUAAUUCAACACAAGUGGAUUUUCCUACCCCUCACUGGAUUUAUUAGGUUUGGCCUUUUGACAUGUUGGCUGUUGGUUAAUGCGUGUAUGUCCAAAUCAACUUUUACCGCCAAAGAGGCAGGAAAUUCUACAGGUUGCAAGGGACCCGUUAGCACAGUGGAUAUUCCAGCCCUUUUUGUUCCUAAGUUAUUGUGUAUGAAGUUGGGGGGGGGAAAUAAAUCAAGCAUUUUACUUUAUUUAAACCUUGGGAAUUUUUCUAUUUUUACUCCCAAAAUCCCAGAUUUUUGAUAGAAAUGAUGACAUUUUAUUUGCAUGCUUUCUGUUGUACCUUAUUGUUCAUUCUUGGCCCAUGUGCUGUUAGUUGAUAAGCUAAUUUAAUGUGCCUUAGCUCAAAUCUGCACAUUAUUACAGUGAUAACACUAGCUGACCUGAUGCAUCGUACUCCAAAUGUGCAAUAUGUAUCACAGAAAUUGGACAAACGAGGCAACUCCAGGGUCAAAGCUGCUUUUGAACACUUUAAUUCCUAAAGAAACUUGACACCUUUUAGAAAAAGGAAAACUUGGAUACAGUUGCACAAACAAUACUGCACAAACAUGUCUUUUGUUUGAACUAUAUGGCAAACAGAUUUAGAGUUGACUGAAAUAUGUUGAUAUUUUUCUGAAAAAUAAACGAAUACAAAUGAAAAUACCUUGUUAUUUUUCAUCAAUCACCCAAUACUAAAACUAUUUUUCGCUGACAUAAUUAACUUCAAUGGACAUCCAACUCCUUUUAACUGGCAGUGAAUGAUCACCAUAUGACUUUAUACAUAUUAGGCAUUGAAUGAUUUCAAUAGG